AUGCCGAAUGUACGCUUCGCAGUCGGCAUCCAGAGGCUGAUUCCCUUUCUGGGAUAUCAUCAUGUCUUGAUGAUCUUGAUUGCGAUUGCGAUCAUCCUACUUUCAUUACUCUUGGCAGGAUGCUCGUCCUCGUCACCUUUAAUACCGGGCAUCUUCCUCAUAUCCUUCUACUACGAGAUGUACACGCCAACGUACGAUCCUACACAAGUCAACCCAGGAGUGACGGCGGCGAUAGCGAACAUCGUUGGUGAUGCGGGUCUCGAAGUAAGAGUGGGAUACUUUGGAUUGUGUGUGAACGCAGACGGUGGAAGCUUCCUGUGCUCGAACAAUGCGACCUUGUUGGCAGAGCAGGUGACCAUCGAUCAAGAUCCACUCAAUCUGAUCUGGGUCGCAAACACAUUCAAGAACAGUGUGGUGUUUCCAUACCUGCUCAUCGUCGCCAUCGUCCUCGCCUUCAUCACAUUCCUCCUCCUCGCGACCUUCCCGGGCUGGCACGAAGAGCACGACGCACGAACCGGCAGCGAUAUCGACAUCAAGCCAUUCCCCUCCCGACCGGUCUCACAAGUCGCCCUUGCCCUCAUCUUCAUCGCCUCCAUCUUCGUCCUCGUCAGCGUCCUAUGGCAACACACUGCAUCCGUAGCUGCAGCACAAAUAACGCAAGACUUCGGAAAUGGAAGCGUCAAGAGUGGUGUGGGCACCAGUGCAAUGGUGUUGGGUUGGUUCGGAUUUGCAUUGCUCAUCAUCGUCACGAUCGGUCUACUGGUCAUGAUUCUGAGCAUACACUUGCUGGAUCGAUUGACGGAUGAAUGA